AAAGAGGCUGGCAAAGACCCUCAGACACUGGUGGUUUUCGCAUAGUGUCAAUAUACUCAUAAUGUUCCAAGUCAUCUUCUUUCUCCUUGUCCUGAAGACUCCAGCAGGAGCUUUUGACAGUUAUGUUAUUGGAGGGAAGACUGCAGAACCGCACUCCAGGCCUUACAUGGCAUCACUACAGGUGGAUGACCAUCACGUCUGUGGAGGAUUUCUGAUCCGUGAAGACUUUGUUUUGACAGCUGCACACUGUUAUAACAACAGACCUCUGACUGUUGUUUUGGGUGCCCACAAUAUAAGGAAGAAAGAGAAAUCACAGCAGAAAAUUGAAGUGAAAAAAUUUUAUAAACAUGGUUUACAUUCGUUAAGCCCUUUAGACUUUGACUUAAUGUUAUUGAAGCUCAAGGCAAAUGCCACACUUAAUGAAAAUGUGAAACUACUUACACUGCCAAAGAAAGAAGUUAAAGUUAAAGUUAACACCCGUUGCUCCGUGGCUGGCUGGGGCAAGAAAACUGCGAACGGGAAUGCCGAAAGUGUUCUGCAAGAAGCAACUCUCACAAUUCAAGACAAUAAACAAUGCAAGAAGAUUUGGCAGAAAUACUUCAACAGCAAAAAUAUGCUGUGCACACAUUUUGGAAAUGGAAAAAGUGGGAUUUGUCAGGGUGACUCUGGAGGACCCUUGGUUUGCAACACUACUCCUAACGCUUCUGAAGUGUUAGGAGUGGUUUCAUACUCUGGACCAACGUGUGAUGAUUCCAGCUAUCCACACGUCUAUAUGAAAGUUCAUAGUUUCCUAAAAUGGAUAAAUGAAAAAAUGAAAAAUUAAACAUCUGCCCUGUUGAAUUUGUGCCUAAUCUACGACAAAUCCAGUGAAAAUCACAUUUUUCCUAUCUUCCUCUUUUUUUAGGUAUUCUGAGUUGCUGAGAUAGAAUUAUUAUUUCUAAAUUCUUUUUUAAAAUAUUUCGCUUGACAGAAUUAAGUUGCUAGCUGUGACAGACUCUGGCUCCCCCAUGACCCUGAAUUAAAUAAAGCAAGAAAGAAGAUACAUGGAUGGAUAUCAUAAUUUACUGGUGUAAUGUCAAUAAAUAAAAUUAUAUUUCAUAUUUGA